GGGCAUGUUGUGGCUGAAAUUGAACAACCUGAUGUGAUUGAACCAGUUGUUGUUUCUUCUGCUGAUUCAGCACUUUUCGUGGGAAUAUCAUGACGCAAUCUGGAGUGAAUCAUAUUUUCCCAACAUCCUGCUCUGUGUGGUAUAAGAGGUGCUGCAGUAGGAGGUGGAGGUGACUCUGGACUGGAUGGAGACUUCAGCAGACGAUCAACAAUCCCCAGAACAGAACAUGUCAUGCGGCAGGAGCGACCUCCACAUCUUCCAGACUGACGAUCCAAGGCCCGCGAAGCCUCGCAGACCGUGGAGCUGUUAUGUCCUGGUCGCUUACCUCGCCCUGCUCUCCGCCAUCAUCAUAUUUCUCAUCUCCAAAGUCGUCACGUUGGAGUGUCAACUGUCUAACAUCAGGUCGCAGAAGCUGACGUGCAGUGACAUUUGUCAGGGUGGAGGGCAGAAGGCGGAUGAAGCCCUACAAACUCUCGUCUACAACAACAGUCGGGAGACCAAGACCCUGUGGAGCCAGCUGUGGGUGCUGCACAGCCAGGUCCAGAGCAUGUGUGGAGAGCAGGGUCAGCUGCACCAACUGAUAUCGGAGCUGAUGCUGCUCAACAUCAGCACCCACAACAUACAGGACAAACUGACCAACAUCGUCAACAAAACAGGAAUUCCUGGACUUCCAGGUAGAGAUGGAUUUCCAGGAUCCAAAGGUGAUCCAGGAGAGAAAGGCACGAAAGGUGUUGCUGGCCCUCCAGGACCAAGAGGAAGCAUGGGAAUGAAAGGAGACCCAGGAGAUCAGAGACCGGGUGCAAAGGGAGAGAAAGGAGACCCAGGAGACCGAGGAUACAAAGGAGAUGUGGGGAUCAUCGGCCCCCGGGGACCUACUGGAUUUCCUGGGCUUUCAGGAGCAAAAGGAGCAAAAGGAGAAACAGGAGGUGAUGGUCCUCCGGGUCCUCCAGGAGCAUCACCAGGACCUCCUGGUCCCAAAGGAGAUCGAGGUGAGAAAGGAGAACCAGGUCCAAAAGGAGAAAUUCCAUAAGAGUGAGUCUACGUGGGACUGGUACCAGCAUCACAGAAAGAUGUCUCACCUGCACAACAGGUGAUCUGAGCCUGCUGCCAUCAGUCAGGGAUUCUGACAUUCAACUGAAAUAAAAAGAUAGCAGGUACCAAAUAACGUGACUGGAUCAGAUCAUCAUCCAGAAGCUUCACAGUGUGUUUCCUCUCUGAUCGUCUGUUAGAUGGUUUUAAACAUGGAAAUGUUCCCUGUGUCUCAUGUUCUGAUCCACUCUGACUCCACCUGAGAAAUAAAGUCACUGAUAAUAAA